UUACUACCGAAGCAACUGAGCGAAAAUCAAUUUUCACUAAGUUCGAGAAUCAUUUGGACAUCUCGUCAAUCAAUACAGUUAUAGCAAUCGUAUUUGCACCAAACAAACGUAUUUGGAUAAAAAAUAAAGUUUUUUGGACGUAGAGGCCCGGGCAUACAGGACUAACAAAAUAAAAAGACAAUGUAUGUAAUAAGAUUAAGAUUAAUUCAAGCGGUGACUCUCAUUAAUUUGCUAUUAUUGGCAUAUAAUUAUAGAUAUUACAAAAAUGAAGCUAGCAUUUCGCAACAAAACACAUUCAAUGCGAAGUCCCUCGAAAAUGAAGAACUUAAAGAAACUAGAUCCAGAGUUAAGGAUUUUGAAACCCCCCAAAACAACAAGAUAACAAAGUAUGUUGUCAUGACAACAUCAACUCCGGAUCCAACCAUUGAUGGAGACAUUUCCUGGAAUUAUGCAUUUUACCUUCCAGUUACCGUACAGGUGUAUGCCAAACUUAACUUUAAAAGUAUAGUCGUCAUAACUGGGAAUUAUUCAACUUGGGCAACAGAUCCAGCGUUAAGAGUAAUUCUCAAACACUUAAAGAUGAACACUAAUGUGAAAUUGAUCUUUCUUGAAACCACACAUAAACUACAAGCAUUGAUUGCUAUGACAUCAAGAUUAUUGGUAGCGUAUUUCGUCCCAGGUUUAAAACCUGAUGACAUCAUAAUGACGACUGACGCUGAUUUGUGGCUUUUUGAACAGCGAGGUAGAGACUACGUGAAAUACAAUAGUUCGUCCGAGAUCUUAAUAACAAAUGCGUUUUGUUGUGGAACGUUUGACUACGAUGGAGUUAAAAUCCCACAUUAUGCAAUGUGUCAUAUCUCAAUGACCAUGGACCGAUGGAAAGAUGUAAUGAAGGUAGAUAAUUAUUUUAAAGGAGUAAACAAUGAGAGCGUUCAUGAAGAAAGAGACGAGGAAAUAAACAAAGUCAAAGGCAUUGAUAAAAUACUUCACAAAAUAAACUAUGAUAAGUUCGGUGCCAUUGUCAACUCUGAAAUCACGACUGCAAAUUAUGUAGAUGAAAGAUUGAUAAGUCAAAAACUUUAUGAAUAUCAAAAAACUCAUUCAAAUGUUCCCUUCAAAAAGAAAGAGCUUUCAACUCGGCGUGAUAGAAUUGAUCGCAGCAAUUGGCCACAUGAUUCUGACUUCCAAAUAAACGAUAUGAUUGAUGCACAUUUACCCAGAGUAUCACUCUCAUUUGAUGGGCUGACGAAAAUAGUGGGUCUGAUAAAAAAGAUCUUCAAAGGAGAACAGCUUAAUUAUGUGUUGAAAUAUGCACGGGAUGUUUUUGCUCUGAAAUAACACCAUUAUGAAUUAUGGCCGCUCUGGUCCUAUCUCAACAAAAUUAAAUAGCAAACAACAAAUCGAUAACGUACUUUACAUGGACCGAGUUGACUGAAUAUGUCAGUUAUUUUAGUUCUCCUUAUGACGGCUUAUGAAGUGAUGGGAACUUAUUGUUUGAUUAAUUUUGGACAAACGUGAUAAAAUGGGAAACAACUGUGGACAAAACUGGCCAAACAUAUGUGUUGGGUAAAAUUAGGUGUUUUUUCUUACAAAAUUGCAGAUUGGUAUUUGUUGUACAUCUUGAAAUAUGAAUGCUAAAAAACAAGUUAAACUUGAAAUGUUUUAAAUACCAGUAUUCAAUUUCGAUUAUCAUCGAUUUCAAUGGGUUUCGCGAUAACUGCUACAUGUAUCUUUAAUUAAAAGUGCAUAAGUUCGGGUUUAUCUUGAUUUUUGUUUUAUUUUAAAGAUGAUAGAUUAUUUCUUGAAGAAAUAUAUAUUAUUUUUGGCACCAAAUUUUGAUAGAAAAUUACCCC